AUGAACUCGCUCGAGAUUUCGCCUUCAGAACUGGCGCCGAAGUUCGCGCCAUUCUUUGGAAUGGCCGGAAUCGCCUUCGCCAUGACUUUCGGAUGUUUUGGUGCCGCAUAUGGAACUGCGAAGUCUGGAAUUGGAAUCGCAGGCGUGGGAACAUUUCGACCAGAUUUGAUCAUGAAAUCUCUCAUCCCCGUGGUUAUGUCCGGUAUCAUAGCGGUAUACUCACUGGUUAUUGCGGUCUUGAUUGCAGGAGACAUGGGCCCUCCACCCGGGCAAGAUUAUAGUUUGUUCAAUGGAUUUAUGCAUCUUGCUUGUGGCCUUUCGGUUGGGUUGACGGGUUUGGCUGCUGGUUACGCGAUCGGCGUGGUAGGAGACAUGGGAGUACGAUCAUAUAUGUAUCAAUCAAGGAUAUUUGUGGGCAUGGUUCUGAUCCUUAUCUUCGGAGAGGUGCUGGGCCUUUAUGGACUCAUUGUUGCUCUUAUCCUAAACACCAAGAGUAGAGGGUAG